CUAACCCGGAGAGAGAGAGAGAGAGAGAGUGAAAGAGACGGCGAGUUGGUCGUGGGCACCGGAGGGGCUCGUGGGAGAGACUUGCCAUCGACUACCGCCCUCCUUCCUCAAGACCUCCCUCUCUCUCUCUCUCUCUGAGUCUCUCUCUCUCUCUCUCUCUGAGCACUUCUUUAAAGAGAAGUGGUAGAGGGAUGCUUUUGUGUUCCGCUGUCUGAAGAACCACCUCGGCGUCGUUUCGUGUUGCCGUCGUCUGAAUCGGAUGGAUGUUGAUGACGAGUUCGGGGAUCUCUACUCCGAUGUCCUCGUCUCGUCUACUGCUCCCGUCGCCCCAGCGGUGAGCCCUAACCUUAAUUCUUCCGUUGGCUCCAUUCAGGAUGACGACGAUGACGUCCUCUAUGGACUUACUAACCCUAAAACAGCGCCGCCCGUGCCGCAACGUGCCGCUUCCCAAGGGGUUCCAUCGCCGGAGCAAGCUGCUCCCGAGUCAGUCGAGAAUCUUGGGUCGGGGAGUUUUAGGGUUUCGGCCGUGGGCGAAAUCGGGUUGGUCAAGGCGCCGGUGGACGGUGGAGUCAGCAAGAUUGAGGAUGCAGAUGCGGGAAUUGAGCAAGGGAUUGCGAAAAUCGAGGAAAUUGGCGUUGAUGACGUCGACGCUCUGAACUCUGAAAAGGUUCCCGGGUUGGCAAGUCGCGAGCCACCGACCAAGGGUUUUCCUAGUGCGGCUGGUGGAGACUGGGUUGGCGCUGCUACCACCGGAAGUGGGGUUCCGGCGAAGGAGGAUGCGUGCAGCGAAGAGUGGGACAGCGAUAGCGAAGACGAUUUACAGAUUGUUCUUAACGACCAGAGUGAUCCGGUUGGUGCCAAUUUCGAGAAGCAUCAAGAGAUUGGGAGCGAAGAUGAAGACGAGGACGGGGACGAUUUGGUUAUUGUUGCUGGAGACGACGAGCAGGUUCCCCAUCAAGCCAUGGAGGAGCAGGAAGAUGGGGAUGAGACGGCCCAACUUCCGCAGGAAGGUGAUAAAAAAGAGGCAGGGGACGCGGCAAGGGUGAAUGCAGCCGUACCGGGCUCUAUUGGGGGAAGAAUGGGUUAUAGCAAUCAUGGUUAUUAUCCACACCAUUCGCAAUUUAAGUAUGUGAGACCUGGUGUUACACCCAAUAAUACUGCUGGUGCCCCAGGUCAAGUGCGGCCUGCUGCUACACUGGCCAUGGCUCCAGGCCGUGGAAGAGGUGAUUGGAGACCUACAGUGGGGAAAGCUCCCACAAUAGGGCAAAAAGGUUUCCAUUCUGGAUUCGGAGUGCAAGCAUGGGCUAACCAUUCUGCUGGUCGCGGUUUUGGCAGUGGAUCAGAGUUUACGCUUCCAUCUCACAAGACAGUGUUUGAUAUUGAUAUCGAUGCUUUUGAAGAUAAACCAUGGAGACAUCCCGGUGUUGAUGUAACCGACUAUUUUAAUUUUGGACUUGACGAGAACAACUGGAAGAACUACUGCAAACAGUUGGAACAGCUCCGUCUGGAAGCAACUAUGCAAAGCAAGAUCCGUGUCUAUGAGAGUGGGAGGUCUGACCAGGAUUAUGAUCCAGAUCUACCUCCAGAACUUGCGGCUGCUGCUGGUCUUCAUGAUGUGUCAACUGAUAUUCAACUUACUGGGAAGGUGGAUGGUGGGCAAUCGGAUAUAAUGGGUCAUGGUAGAGGUUCAACACGCAUUCGGCCUCCAAUACCAACGGGGAAGGCAAUACAGGUUGAGGGUGGUUAUGGAGAGCGUCUGCCUUCCAUUGAUACUAGGCCACCACGUCAUCGUGAUUCUGAUGCGAUUAUAGAGAUUGUCUUGCAGGGUUCCGUUGAUGAUGACUCUGUCAGUGAUACCCAGGGAAAGCUAGAGAAUGAGCUGCGAGAAACAGAUUACAAAGAGGAACGCCAUGAAGUAAAAGGAGUUGAUAAACAGUCUGAUAUUGAACCUUUUGGGAACUUUUCUCAACCUUACAGUGGUAGGAGAAGAGAGUUGUUUAUGCAAGGCAACUUUCUGGGUCCACUCCAUGGUAAUAUGCAUGGUGAACCUUUUCCUUCUGAAGCUAAUCUACAAAAUGAUUCUAUUGACAAAGGCCAGACCACCAUAAGCCCUGUUGGAGCACCCUCGUCUAAUCAAGAAAGAUGGUUGCAUGAAGCUGCAGUUAGGGAGAAACAUUCAUCCAUCAGCAGUGAGCCUUCAAGAGGUGUUCUCCCUACAGAAAAUAUCGAAAUGAAUAGGUCUAGUUGUAGUGGUGAGGAACAUUCUGAAGGUAGUAAAGCUCCUAAGGAAAGCACAGAAGUAUCUUCUCCUGAAGAGGAUGUGGAAGGAAGCAAGCAGAGCCUUGCCAUUGAAGAGCCUGAUAAUGUGGAUACAUUGGCUGUCAGUUUGGAAGCAGAAGGUGAGGUAGCUUUCGAUUUGCAAGUUCCAAAUGAGACUUCUGGUGAUGGUAGUUCUGUUCAUUCUGCUAGAAGGCAAAAGCUAACUUCAAGGAUUGAACAACCUGUUAGUGAAGAUCACUCUGAAGAUACGAAAACAAAUAGGAGUGAUGACAGUAAACCCAAACCUGUAAGUAGCAAAGAUAAUUUGAGGCGCCGUGACUCUGGUGAUGAAGAGGUUGUUCAAAAUGGUAGGUCAAGCCGCAUUGCAGAUGCCAAAAGGCAUUACUUUGAAGAUGAAUCUGGUUUGCAGAGGAGGGAUGAUUAUGUCCGAGGUGGUAGACAGGAUGUGGAUAGAAGCAGGGUGAGUUUGAAAGGAAGAGAGGAUUACCAUCAUCGAAGCAGCAAUGAUGCAUAUGCACAUAAGGAAUGGGAUGGUAACUCUUCUUAUCAUGCUCGAACUAAAACUGAGGGUUACGAUCGACUCAAGGAAAGGGAUUCAUUAACCUGGCAGAGAAGAGAUGACGAUGUGCAUGCUAGGCGGCAAAAGGAAGAGGAAGUGAGGAGAAGAGACAGGGUUGAGGAUGCCAGCUCAAAACCAAGAAAUAGGGCACUUGAAAGUGGAAGGAAUAGCAAGGAAGAGCAUGCCCAUUUGAAAAAAAGGUAUGAAGAUGGUGAUUGGAGGGGUUAUCAUGACAAAGAGGUACGCAGGUCAAGGGAAAGGGAUGUUCUUUUGUCAGGUCAACAUGACACUGUUGAUGAUCCUCAUGCUAAAAGAAGGAAAGAGAUUGAGCUUCAUAGGAGGGACAGACUUCAGAAGGAAGAUGUGGGGCACACUUAUGGAAGUAAGGAGGAUCUAAGUAGGAGGAGGAGGGACAGAGAUGACAGCUUAGAGAGACGGAGACGAGAAGAUCCUGGUCGAAUGAGAGACAAGCCUGACGAUCAGCACCUGAUAAGGCAUCGAGAUGGUAAUCGAGAUAGUAAUCGGCGGCAGAGGGAGAGGGAGGAUCGCCACAGAAUUAAACCAUCUCAUGAAGAUUCUCAAGUGAACUGGGAUAGAGAAGCGCGGGCUCCAGGGAGGAGUGGACAAAUUUCGGAAGAUCAAAUUCGGCUGGGGAACUCACGCAUUGAGUCCCGUGCUAAGGAUGAGCCCAGGGAUUCUGGCAAGGAUCACAAAAGGCGACACAGUGAGCUACCUAAGGGUAGAGAUAAGGUAGAGGAGGAAUCUUAUCCACAACAUAGAGCACGGGAAGACCUUCAUGUGCGUGAUGGUCAUCUCAGCAAUGAGGACCGCAGCUUGAGGCAUGAAAGGUUGCGUUCUCAAAGUGAUCAUGUUAGUGGUGCUAGUGAAGGUCAACAUAGUUACAGGGAAAGAAGUAAAGAAAGACCAAGAAAAGGCAAUGAAUCUGAAAUGGGUGAUCAGGAUGUUCCUGCACGAGGCGAUCGGGAUGGGGCUGCACCAAGUACUGCUGAUAAGCCAGGCAAAGCAGCUGUUGGAAAGAGAAAGUUAGAUGACCGUUCAACUUAUCAGAGGAAUGAAAAGGCCACAAAGAAGGGCUCUUUUGCUUCCGAAACUGACAAUGGCUUGCGGAGGGUUCAAGAACAGGAAACCACCCAUCAGCAGCAUUCUUCAAAAUCACAGAAACAUUCUGAUGAGGGAGGUUCGGAUGAUGAAGACAUGAGGAAGGGAAGAUCCAAACUGGAACGCUGGACGAGCCACAAGGAUAGCAAUUCCGUACCAAUACUAAAGGCCCAUGAUAGUGAAGCAGGCUUCUCUGACCACAACCAUGGAUUGAUGGUUGAACAGGAUAUGAGCAAAACGGAUGACGUCAAGAAAACAGAAGUUGCUGAGAAGGUGGAAGAAAAUAUUGCGAGUAUUGUGCCCAAGGAAUCUGCUGUUGAUACCCUUACCCUCAUGUCUGAACAUGGGCAUGCUGAUAAUGAAGCGAACGGAGAUGACAAACAUCUUGAAACAGUUGCAAAACUAAAGAAAAGAAGUGAGCGAUUUAAACUGCCUAUGCUCAAUGAGAAAGAGAUUAGCAGAAGGGUGGAGUCUGAGGCAUCAGUGCAGAUGGAGGCAACUGAGGUCAAGCAGGAGCGACCUGCUCGUAAGAGGAGGUGGGUGAAUAACUAGGAUUUCAAGAUCAGUUGCAGUGCAUUCUAGACUCUACUCCAUUCUAUGCUUUGAGCAGGGAUGUCACUUCCUCUACAGACGACUCCCUGUCUUUUAUCGACCUGUGAUGUUCUGUCUGGUUGGGUGUACCCAUGCUCAAUAGGCAUACAUGAAAAUUGGCUCCCAUUUUCAUUUUGUGUGUACUGAAACGUGAGGUAAUCGUCUCCCCCUUGGUGGAAUCAUACCGCUGAGAAGGCAAAUACUUUGUAUUACACAAAACAACAGUGGCACAUAAUCUUUUCAUGGGUUACCGGGCUGACUGAUAAUCCUACAGUCUGCAUGAGGGCAAGGCGAUUGGAUGUUCUGCAAAAGUUACUGUCCGUUGGUCCUCAUACAUUAUUGGACACAUUCGCAGACGUUGGCAGCUGGUUCUUGGACAUCAGAGGUUUUGAAGCUCAUGACAAAUGAAAGCGACUGGCGUUCUUUGGGGGUGAAGGGUUUCCUGUUUCUUUUUAUGUUUGUAACUUCUUCACACGAUAUCCUCUCCUUUUUCGUCCUUUUUCUCUUUUCCAUUUCAAGUUUAUUAACUGAGAGGAUGAUUGAGAUCGUAAAGCCAAGGAGCAUAUGUACUUGGCGCUCUUGUAGAUUUUCUUUCCCCACAUUCUGAAAUUAGUUGCUCGAUUAGAUAGUAUUUGGGCUUCAAGCGGUUAUCUUACUCUUGUCCUCUGUUGAAGCAUUCUCUCUUGAGAGCAUCCCCUGUUUUGGAGAUCUUAUUGAAUCCAAGCUCACAACGAA